GCAUUUAGUAUUUGUCAACAAAACAACAAAAGCAGCUACUACUGCGCAAAUAGUGUAAAUUUAUUUUGUGCACAAGUGCUUAAGUGCAGUCACAUAGCAACAUGUUUUCCAUCUUCGCAAAGCUUAAGCCGGCAGAGUCACCUACAGAUAAGGAUAAGUCACCCAUACAGGGACCAGAGGCUGCUAAACAGGGCAACGGCAACGGCGAUGAUUUCAUAUUUGUGGAGCGCCGACCUGACGCGGGGCCCAUAACAUCGCCGACUGGUGGCAUGAUGUAUCCACCCAUGCCACAAACAGCCUACGGCCCCAUGCCCUAUCCACCACCUGUAGGCAACAGAGCUGGCGGCAUGGCAGUGGGACCUACUCAGCAUGCGCCCAUACAUUAUCUGCAGGACAUUCCAUUUGAAUUGUCGCCACAGCUGACCAGCAAAGAACGCUUCAACGGCACACAAUCGCAGGUUGAUGGCAUUUUGGCUGUUAUAACACGUCAGCUAUCUAUUGAUGAACUUGCCGAGGAGUACACAUUCAAUCUGGAGCGAUCCGUACAAAAUGAAUGCUAUUGAGCUAAUGUCGAUACGCUAUUCAUACAUUAUAGUUAACAGUUUUUUGUGCUUGCGCUGAUAAUAUUAAUUAAGAACUAUGUUAAACUAAUUACACCACUUAUACAUAAAAUCCAUAGCAAAUUGUUGUACCUGCUUUUGGGGGACUCCCCUAUCAUGCUUUCGAUGCAAUAAAUUGCUCAAACUCA